GAGGGUUCUGCUGCAGGUUUGGAAGAUGCCACCCAAGGGAAAAAGUGGUUCCGGGAAAGGGGGGAAAGGGGGAGCAUCCUCUGGGAGUGACAGUUCUGACAAGAAGGCUCAGGGUCCCAAAGGUGGUGGCAAUGCAGUAAAGGUCAGACACAUUCUGUGUGAAAAACAUGGGAAAAUCAUGGAAGCCAUGGAAAAGUUGAAGUCUGGAAUGAGAUUGAAUGAAGUGGCCACAUACUAUAGUGAAGAUAAAGCCAGGCAAGGGAGCAACUUGGGUUGGAUGACCAGAGGUUCCAUUGUGGGACCAUGGAUGACCAGAGGUUCCAUGGUGGGACCAUUUCAGGAAGCAACAUUUGCCUUGCCUGUGAGUGGGCUGGAUAAGCCUGUGUUUACAGACCCUCCGGCUAAGACAAAAUUUGGAUAUCAUAUUAUUAUGGUUGAAGGGAGAAAAUAA